AUGUCCGCUCCUUCUCUCACCAGCUACAUCGUCAAGCGCCCUUGGCUCAAGCGCUGGAUGAUGCCAAUUGCCAAUUGGUACACCGACGCUGCCGGCUACAGAAGACUCGGUUUGAAGGCUGAUGACCUGAUCCCCGAGGAGAGCGAGGUUGUUCAGACUGCCAUCAAGCGCCUUCCCCCUAAGGAGGCUUAUGACCGUGUCUUCCGUAUCCGCAGGGCUUUCCAGUGCUCCGUUUCUCACACCCUCCUUCCCGCUAAUGAGCAGACCAAGGCUGCAGAUGAUGUCGAAUACCUGAGCCCCAUCAUCCGCGAGAUCGAGAAGGAGCAGAAGGAGCGUGCGGACCUCGACUCCCUCGUUGUCAAGCGCCGGUAA